AUGGUGGACAGGCCUCGAUACGAACCGCCGACCAAGAUCCUAGCGGGUAGACGGGAACACCCGAAGGCGAUGAUCGUCAUGUCGGCGUCGACAAGGGAGUCGAUCACUGCACCAAGUAUCGCAGGCGAAGAAUCGGCAGGGUUUCAACCGAAGGAAGAGGGUCGGAGCGGGACACAAGUUGAACCGAAGGAGGAAGCUGACGAUGACAUGGACGAUGCUGUCUGCUACCAUGAAGGCGGAGACAUCUUCCCCGAAGACAUCGAGAACAACAUGGCUGUCCUGCCGGAAGUGGAGGCUACCACGAAGGAAGUCACCAUCGACGACAUACAAGUGGAUGAUCCGCACGCGACACCGGAAGAACGCGAGCGGCUGCGUCGCAUCAUCUGGAAGCGACGCCACUUGUUGAUCGGAGCUGGUAACGCCUUACCACCGGCCGCCUUCGGAGCUAUUUGCGACAUUGAUGUCGGAACGGCAAAGCCGGUAGCUCAGCGAUGUCGACGGGUAGCGCCACAAUUCCGCGAGAAGCUGUCCAUGCUCAUCAAGGGACUGCUGUCGGCAAAGAUCAUCACCACCUCCACCUCACCUUGGGCGUCACCCAUCGUUGUCAUCAUCAAGGCUAACGGGGUUGACAUUCGCCUCUGCAUUGAUUACCAGGUGGUGAACAGCCUUACGAGGUUGAUGGUGUAC